AUGAUCGAAGAAAAAACAAGACUCCACAUCGUUCCUUUCACUCCCGAACUUCUCCCAUCAGUUCUACCUCCUUCCCUCCGUCAAUCGGCCACCGACAUUUCGUUCCACACCAUUCCCACCUUCCCCGAAAACAAUUACGGCUACGUAACCUUGCCGACAAUGGACGCCGAGAAAAUUAAGAAGAAGCUCAAUGGUUCGAUCUUGAAGGGCAAGAAAUUUAAAGUUGACCAUGCCCGGCCUUCAAAGAGGCAGAGAGACGAAGAGGAAGCUGUCGAAGUUCCUGCAGAGGAGAAGAAGAAGUCGAAGAAGCGCAAAUCAAAGGAUGUCGAGGACGAGGUGAUCGACGGCUACGAACUUCCCUCGGACCGCAAGGUCAAGCGUGGCUGGACCGAGCCCUCCAAGAAGGAAAAGCGCAGAUCAGAAAAGAAGAGCAAGGACGCCAAGAAAGAAAAACCGCAACUCAAGUCCAAAUACACUGAAAAGUCCGAGUGUCUCUUUCGAACCACUCUUCCACCCAAUCGGUUGUCUGUCGAUGUGGAAGACAAGAAGGCCAAGAAAAAGAAGAAGUCUUCUCGAGAAACAGUAGUCCACGAAUUCGCCAAAACUUACACCCAGCCCAGCUUCCUGCGCUCGGCGGGAGAGGAUGUUCCGCCCACGACUACAUUUGACGAAGAAAAGGGAUGGGUAGAUUCUGCGGGCGCUGUGAAGGAGUCUGCCAGCGAAAAGACUCGGAAGGACAAUUACCGACCGGGUCAGGUCCCCGGUACCAAAGAGAAGAAGCCGAAGAAGAAGAUAAUCCCUAAGGAGAAGACUCCUGAGCCUUCGGAGGAAUCUGAGGACUAUACAUCUUCGAGUGGCUCUGAUGAGAGCUCGAACUCUGAGAGUGAGGCGGACAGCUCUUCUGACGACUCAUCUGACUCUUCCGAUGAGGAGACAUCGAAGCAAUUGCAGCUUUCCAAAGAGACUGAGGAGCCUCCCAAGGCCAAUGCGGUCGACAGUGACAAUGCGGACUCCGAAGGACCCGAGGCGGCCUGCGAGGCUGCCAGGGAUGCAGACGAGUCUUCUCCAAAAGAGAUCCAUCCUCUUGAAGCACUUUUCAAGCGGCCCGCCCCCGCCUCGGCCGCUGAACAAGAACCCGUGCCGAAGGUCAAUGCUGGUUUCAGCUUCUUCGGUGCCGACGACUUUGAAUCAGAGGAUGAGCCCCAGAUUCCGGAGCCUCAGACCCCUUUCACACCCUUCACCAAAAGGGACUUGCAAGAUCGAGGCUUGCGAAGCGCGGCUCCUACUCCAGACACUAGUAUGGUCAACCGACGUUUAAAUUGGAAUGAGAACGAUGAGGAGGAAGACGAGGACUCACCAAUUGAUACCCCAGUCUCCAAAGCUCGUGAUAGUGGAGCUCCCAAAGACGAGACCGAGUUUGCUAAGUGGUUCUGGGAUAACCGGGGUGACAACAACCGUGCCUGGAAGAAGAGGCGGCGUGACGCAGCCAAGGAGCAAAGACAGAGAGAGAACCGGAAGAAGGGAAUGAAGGGCAGGUCAUAA